AAAAAAACCUUAAUUUAGUGAGAUAGAGAAGAGAAGAAACAGAAUUGUUGUUGGUUUAACAAAAACCUAAUCUUUCAAUGAUUAGCUGUUUAAUUUGAAAUUAUAACAAUAAUUUAGACAGGCCAAAGUGGAACCCCACUGUCUCCACCAAAGCUCUAGAUAAAAAAAAAAAAACGAAAGCGUUAGAUAUUUUUUAUCAAUCGUGCUCCGUAAUCAUUACCUUUCUUCUUCAUCUUCAUCUUCACGCAGCGACUUCUUUGAUUCUCUCUUUUUAUUCUCAGCUCCAAUUUCAACCUGCAUUUCUCUCUUCUCAAUUUUGGGUUUCUUUUUUUGAUAUCUCAUUUGAUCAGAUCGACGAAGAGAGGAAGAAGGUUUGAGCUGAGAGAUCUUUGGAGGUAGAAAGAAGAUCUCAAAAACGAUGUCGUUUACAGGAACUCAGCAGAAAUGCAGGGCGUGCGAGAAGACAGUGUACCCUGUGGAGCUUCUCUCAGCUGAUGGAAUCUCUUAUCACAAGGCUUGCUUCAAAUGCUCUCACUGCAAAAGCAGACUUCAACUGAGCAAUUAUUCAUCAAUGGAAGGAGUGGUGUAUUGUAGGCCUCAUUUUGAGCAGCUUUUCAAGGAGUCUGGUAGUUUCAGCAAGAACUUUCAGUCACCUGCAAAGCCAUUGACUGAUAAGCCAACCCCGGAGCUGAAUAGGACACCUAGUCGACUUGCUGGUAUGUUCUCUGGAACGCAAGACAAAUGCGCUACUUGCACUAAAACCGUGUAUCCUAUCGAAAAGGUAACUGUGGAAAGCCAGUGUUACCAUAAAUCUUGCUUCAAGUGUUCUCAUGGAGGCUGUCCGAUAUCUCCAUCGAACUAUGCAGCUCUAGAGGGAAUAUUGUACUGCAAGCACCAUUUCGCUCAGCUUUUCAAGGAGAAAGGAAGUUACAAUCAUCUCAUCAAAUCUGCUUCCAUCAAACGCGCUACUGCUGCUGCUACCGCAGCUGCUGCAGCUGUAGCAGCCGUUCCCGAAUCUUGAAUUCAAAUUCUCUUUAUUUUUGUGUAUGUGCUGUGUUGUUUACAUGUAUUCGAUAUGAUUCAUGUUCUUUGUCUUCCAUAAUUGAACCAGGCAUAAAAUUCUCCCAGUUUUCUCUGAGUUUCUUGUUUGUGAUACUACUACAUCUAUAAUAACCGAGGACUUUUGGCUUUGAUCUU